GAAAGGGGGUGGUGGUGGGAAGGGAGGAGUGCAAAUCAGCGCCUUGUCUGGACUGGUCCCUCUGGAAGAAGAAGCUCUGAGGGGGAGCCUGUGGCGUGUCAAGCGCAAGGCUCAGAAAACUUACCUACUGUCCCUGCCUGUCCACCGCCAGCACCCCUCAAUCCCGGGCCUGGGGACCUGGGGCCGUAGGAGGGACUGCAGCCUCUGAGCUGAAAGUCUUGGGUUGGCUCGCUCCUCUAACUGAUGGCAUGUUGAAGUACAUGGGCCAGUGGCAGCGAGGGCAUCCGAUCCAGAGGGGGCCACUCUAGAGGCCAGGCCACCACCAUCAUGGGCCAGUGUGUCACCAAGUGCAAGAAUCCUUCAUCAACCUUGGGCAGCAAGAAUGGAGAUCGGGAACCCAGCAGCAAGUCACACAGCAGGCGGGGGGCUGGCCACCGUGAGGAACAGGUGCCACCUUGUGGCAAACCAGCUGGGGAUAUCCUUGUUAAUGGGACCAAGAAAGCAGAGGCUGCCACCGAGGCCUGCCAGCUGCCAACAUCUUCUGGAGAUGCUGGGAGGGAGUCCAAAACCAAUGCUGAGGAGUCUUCCUUGCAGAGGUUGGAAGAGCUAUUCAGGCGCUACAAGGACGAGAGGGAGGAUGCAAUUUUGGAGGAAGGCAUGGAGCGCUUUUGCAAUGACCUAUGUGUUGAUCCUACGGAAUUUCGAGUGCUGCUCUUGGCCUGGAAGUUUCAGGCUGCUACCAUGUGCAAAUUUACCAGGAAGGAGUUUUUUGAUGGCUGUAAAGCAAUAAGUGCAGACAGCAUUGAUGGGAUCUGUGCACGGUUCCCUAGCCUCUUAACAGAAGCCAAACAAGAAGAUAAAUUCAAGGAUCUCUACCGGUUUACAUUUCAGUUUGGCCUGGACUCUGAAGAAGGGCAGCGGUCACUGCAUCGUGAAAUAGCCAUUGCCCUGUGGAAACUAGUAUUUACCCAGAACAAUCCUCCGGUAUUGGACCAGUGGCUAAAUUUCCUAACAGAGAACCCUUCGGGAAUCAAGGGCAUCUCCCGGGACACUUGGAACAUGUUUCUUAACUUCACUCAGGUGAUUGGCCCCGACCUCAGCAACUACAGUGAAGAUGAGGCCUGGCCGAGUCUCUUUGAUACCUUUGUGGAGUGGGAAAUGGAGAGAAGGAAAAGAGAAGCGGAAGGGAGAGGUGCGCUCAGCUCAGGGCCCGAGGGCUUGUGUCCAGAGGAGCAGACUUAGUUGCUCUGUUCCAGGAGCAGCACUGAGGAUCUGCCUGCUGCCCUGCAGCCAAGCGAGGAAUUGGACCUUUCUGGAAAUUACUGAAGAUCCGGAUAUUUUCUACUUUACACCUUUCUCUGCCUUGUAUUUGAAAGGGCUCUAAAAUGCUGUAUCAUGUUUUAGGCACUUUCUUCAGUUUUUUGGUUAUUUUGGUUAUUUCUUUUUUUGGGUGGGAAAUCCCCCAAAAUAUUUGAACCUGGCUACAUGUUGUGUACCUUUUUUUUUUUUUUUUUUUGUUAAGCUUUCAGAUAGAAUAAGCCUGCCAUUUCUUGCACAACUUUAUUAGAUUUGUUUUGUUUUUGUGGGGGAGGGUGUAGGCCCGGGUUGGGGAGUGGGACUGUUAGGUUGAAUUAACAUUACAAAAUGAUACAGUGCCAGAUCUCAGUUUUGCAUAUUGUUUUUCAGGGCAGGUCUGUACUGUGUGUAGUGCUGUUUACAUGGUUGAAUUUAGGUUGUAAUAAUUAUUUUAAAAGAUUUACACAGACAUGAAUACAGUGUUAACUGUUAGCCACAUUGCAUUAAUUUCCAGACAGUUUGGAGCUCUUGGAGAGCCAAGGCCAGUCAAGAGCAUUUGCAGUCUGACACCCCACCCCAUCCCUUCAAGCUAAUUUAUCCAAAGCCCUUAUCUUCCUCAAUUCGUGCUCAUUCCUUCUUUGACCUAUUGUAUUUCAUGUUUAAUUUAUCCAUCAUCAUGCUGUACCUGUCAGUCAAGUGAGCAGUUUUGUUUUGUUUUUUUGUUAGAACACAUUGUACUGAAAACCACUUAAGCAUUGAAUGCAGAGAAAGCAGUGCUACCUCAGUUUUGCUGGAAGUAGACUUCUUUGAUAGUUUUCUUUGAUGUUUUUGUAUUUUCAUGUCAUAAGUGGAAAUACUCCUUCCCCCCGCCCCCCCCCUUUUCAUUUGCCUUGGAGCCAAAGUUUCCGUUCCGGGUGGUGAGAAAAGUGUGCCUGCCAGCCAACCAGCCGACCUGAAAGAAAGCUGUGGCGUGGAGCUCUGCUUCAAACUGUUUCUGUUUUUGUUUUGUUUUCUUUAGUUUUUGUUGAGUAUCAUCAGCUUACUUGUCUGGCAAGUGCAGAAGCCUGAGGCUGGCCUGAACUCUGCCAAACAAAUUAUCCAAGUGUAUUGAAUCAUUAAAUGUGUGCCCUCUCCCCCUUUGCUGCGCCCACGUUGUCACUUAGCCCCCAGGAGUUAUUUAUUAUCUUUUUGUUAAUGUCAAGCUCAUUUGGGGUAAUGUGAUGACUGUUUAGGUUUACAUGACCCUCCUCUUUUUCCCUUAACCCCAGAUAUGUAUAUAUACAUAUAUAAGAUAUGUAUAUAUUUUACCUUUAUAAAAUAUAUAUAUACACAUAUAUGUAUCUAUAUCCCUUCGUUUAUUUGUCUGCUAAAACUGGCCAUAAAGAGAGAGCUGCCUUCGAUUUGUAGUUUAAGAAGAUGCCAGGGAGCAUCAUAAGUGGAGGCUGUUGUAUAUGAAUUUGGACAUUUUCACUAAAGAGAACAUGAAUUUGCUCACAGGAAGGAGGAACCAGUUCUCUAAAGUCCACAUGUUCACUCUACAAGGCCAGCUUUGGCCAAGCUGCCACUGGGGCCUGAAGAGCUGACUGUCCUACCUAGUUCUACGAGAAGGACCCUCUUGAUAAUUUCCCAUUAAAAAAUAUCCUCAAAAAAAUUGUACUGGAAAGUGGGUGGCAGGAGCUUGUACAGUUCAGCUUCCAACACUUUGGAACAGAUUAAAAAGGGAAUCUUUUAAUAAAUAAAAGUUACAAAAAUAUUUAUACUCUUGAUACAAUGAAAAAGUGUCUAUUAAGUAUUUGGAUUUUUCUCCUUUGAUUAGCCUACCCCAAAUCCUGGGUAUAUGUUCCUCAACUUGGUCAAGAAUUGCAUGCUUUGAGUUCUUCCUCUAAUUGGAAUUGACACAGGGAACAUUUUUGUAAGUCUCACAGUUGUCCUUUCUUGAGGGACAGAUGAGAAACUUGAAAAUCAGCCACAGACUAAAGAUAGUGUUGGAAAGCCCAAGAGGCUUGGGCCAGAUGUGCCCCUUCUAGCCAGAAUAAGACAAAGUCCUCCAGUAAGUAUCCAGGGGACCAGCAGUUUCUGAGGGCACAGCUACAUUGCAGUAUUUGGAUAAGAUCUCAUCUGGCCAGUUGUUCCCAAUUCUGGGUUAGGUAGAAGCCCAAUGAGGGAAGAGAGUGGAGUGUUCUAGUUAGGUAAGUCAGUCUGCUCCAGAUAAGAAAAGGAUGUAUGGCACGGAAGUGCCGAGAGGAGUCUGCCAAGGACCUCAUGGACUCAAGGAACUCAAGAUUGCUUCCCUGCUGGGUAGAUUUUAACUGACUGCUCAGUUUCUCCAACCCCAGUGCCUGUGCCCCUAUCCCCCGGCCACUUAGAAAUUGUGAUUGUAUUAUUAAUGUUCUCUUGUUGAGAAACUCCCAAGAAAGGAACAGUCAGGGCUGGACUUCGGGUUCUCUGUGAAGAAGUUUUGUUUUGUUUUGCCAAGAGAUUCACAAGUAAGGUUUGUAGCUGACUCUUCUGGGUAGCAAGAGCCUCUGUUUCACUCAGCCUCAGAUAGGCUUGGGUGGAUGAGCAGUCGCUGGAGGCAAAACGUUUGUCCCUCAGGUAAGGUAGCUUUUUGACACUGGGGAGGUGCGAUAUGUGGUUACCAUUUUUAAAUUCUGCACCAUCUAAGCGUUACUACACAAACUGAAUAUGUUGGAAAUUGCUUACUUUUGAAAAGCAAGUGACUUUGAGUUUCCAUGGUAUUUCUUUAGUAAUUUAUUAGCAAGCUGGUAUGAGAUAGAAGGUUGCUUUAUUGAUGCCAAACUUGAAUGUAUCAUUCUUAGUGACACUUUGCUGUACUUCUGGAGGUACCUCAGCAACUCUAUUCACUGUGGCAGAUGUGCCGACAUGUGUGUUGUUGGGUCCAGAAGCCUGUGUGUACCCAUCUGAUGAAGUCGCCAGCGCUGGCUGAAAAAUCCAAAUUCCAGCCAAUGCUUUGGGCCAAGGAGAGAUAAUAGAAAAUGUGCAAAGCAGUAUUGUUUAUAUUAGAUGGACACAGUAAUAAAAAAUUAAGCUACACACAGUAGUAGCUUGAAACAGUACUGUCUCCUAGGGUCUGGUCUUUAGGCCAGAUCAGGUUAUGGGACCCCAUAGAUUAUGUACUUGAACUAAACAUUGGUGGGAAGUUAAAGACUUUUCCAAAAACUAACAAAGCAAGAGAUCUAUAUAUUGGAAUGGAAUGUAUGGUUUGCUGUAUUUCAAGUGGGGUCUUCAGUGCAGCAGGUAGACCUAGUUACAUGGUUACAUAAGGGAUGGAAAGAAAGCUACUGUUAAAAAGUUUUUAUCCCCCUACUGCCACUUCUAAAAAAAGAAGUCUUUUUAGACUUCUUAUUCUCCUGUGCAUGUUAGGAUGGCUGGUGAUGACCCGAACAUCUUAGUAACUGACAAAGAUCUUACUAGGAGAACAUAAGCAGUAUUUAGAUUAAAUACUUGAAAGGACAAAAUUAUCAAAAUAUACCAAUUAUGACUAUUUAAGGACAUGUGGCAUUCAUCUUCCCUUCUGGGAGGUUCUUGCCACUCCUCUUCAGAGUUCAUUC